UUUUUCUGCUUUGUUGGUUUAAGCAGAGGUUCCCCUCUGUUUUCAGGACAGUUCCUGUGUUUUGUGUAAUCGAUUUUUCAUGCUAACAAUCCGAAACUAUUCCAAAAUAUCAAUACUGUGCAACUGUAAAUAAAAGUAUUCGAUUACAUUGAUAAUAAAACUCUGAGCAGUGACUUCUACAUUUUUGCAGCAAGCGGGUUUGGACUGUGUACAGCUUACUAUCGAUAGUUUUCAGCAAAUACUAUCCAUAGUCAAAUGAAUCCCCCACCACAAGCGUUCAAGUCGCUUGCUUGCAGUUUACCAUGCUUUGGCCGGUGCGGGCAGACUGAGAGCCGGUUUCACCUAACUUUUUAAAUAAACAUUUGAAAGAUCCACCAGCUAGCCUGCAUCUACGCCAUUCUAUAUGUUUUUAAGUGUAAGGUUUUGACGAUUUGUUAUUAACGGUGGAUGGUUCAUUUUUAUUGUGGAUUUAUUUAAGCGUAUAUUUUUAAAGUUUAGUUUUGACGGUGGAUACUUAAACGUUUAUUCCUUAGCGUUUAUUUUUAACAGUUCCAAAUAAGCUACACCACCUACGCCCGCAGCCUUGUUUUGAGCCUAGCAGUCUGGCAACAUGGAUCUCAAUCAUCAUCAUCAUUCCCAUAGUUACAUAGCACAGCACAUGUGAUGGCUCAACAUACGGAAGUUUGGAAGUUAACGAAAGAAGUCAUUCCGUCGUGUCUGUUUGCUUUUCGUUUUUCGUUUUGUUGUUUCUUGUGCCCCGAAACGUAUGGCAGAGCACGGGAAGUUUUCCGUCGUGCAUUUUAAGACAGGGAACACUUUAGAAGUUGUGCCCUCGUGCUGGGUCACGGCAGACAACAAGUCGUGUUGGUGGCCGCCAUAUUCAAAAUCCCGGGUACUUCGUUCAAUCAAGGCUUGCGAGCCAGUGGUGCAGACAACGUGGGAAGUUUUCUCAAACAUCCGGCGGCUCUUCCGUGGAAGUAAGUAAUGGCCCAACCUUUAUGCAGUGUUUAAAUAUGUAAUGAAAGUAACGGAGGCCUAUCUAGGAGAGGACCUCGAUAUUCCCGGUUGCGAAAUCCAAUUCACGACGGAACAGCAUGUUUGUUAAUUGUUAGGUUAGUCCUGAACAACGAGAAAUGAAUAAGUUAGUCCUAUUUAGUUGUAUUUGUCUGAAUAGGUUAGUCCAAGAUCGGUUUUGCAUUGUUAUGUCCAGGUUAAGUUCGCUGUUGGCAGUUUCCCGCGAGUGUCUGUGCAUUGAAAAGCAGAUUACCGUUUAUUUACAGAUUAACUGUAGUUUAUUUUCCAGUAUUUUGUACCAUUUAAGGUGGUCGACAUGCAUUUGCACAGUUACUCCUGGUUGCUCUGCAAGUGUUCUUGUCUUACAAUGACAUGCAUAGCUAGUGUGAAUAAACUCUGUAUUUCUGAUGUUUCAGCCUAUGAGCAGGCUACCAGAGAAUGCGAAAACCUCAGAUAUAUAACAGACUUGUCACAGUCGAGUGACUGUGGUGAUUCGCCAGCUGCACCAAUAAGGGCUGCGUCUGAUUCCGAGGAUGAGUGGAGAGAUGAAGAACCAAACAGCAACAGUCUCGGGGCCAGUCCUGGCGAAGCUCAAAGGCAUGCCAGCUCGCGACGUGGGUCACUAGCCUCAGCCCACUUCAUGUCUGGCAGCGUGCAGUCGGACAUAGCAGAUAAACUGCUGAGGGUAAAUGCUCGUUUUCACAAGAAGGUGCUUGGGCACCUCGAGCGUCAGAUGGAAGAGAUCAGGAACAACAGAGAGGAAAUCCGCCAUUUGAAAAUCAUGCUGCAGCAGAAAAAACAUAGCAGUGCUGUAGUGAUCGGUAACAUUGAGGGCAUGCCGCAGCUGCCAUUGCAAACCAUGGAUGAAUUUGACAACAUGGAGUCAUUCAUCACAGAAGACAACAACUUCAGUGCUGUGGUGCAGUCUCUGCGAAGUGUUGGCGGCCACACCCCGAAAGACCUUACAAGGAGAAUCAUUAGACAGCUGUUCUCCAAGGAGGUUGCUUCAGUCCUUGUGUACACAGCCCGACAGCCAAAUAAGCGGGAAUUUCAAGUAACGAAGAUAUGCCAGGCAGUGUUUAUGGCUGUGAGGACCACGUACACCAAUGCAACAAACCUGGAAAUCAGGGAAGAGAUAGCGAAACAGUUCAGGCAGGCCCCUGGCGACCUACGUAAGCGUAAAAGGCCUGAACCUCCAGUGGGCCUGAACCUCCCGUAGGCCUUUCUGAAACACCACUAGGCCUGAAACUCCCGUAGGCCUUUCUGAAACACCACUGGGCCUGAAACUCCCGUAGGCCUUUCUGAAACACCACUGGGCCUGAAACACCACUAGGCCUGAACACCAGUGGCAUUUGUGAAUAAACCGUUACAUUCA